GUCGUAAUGGUAAAGUCACUAUUUUCAUAACUAAAAGAUCGAGAGUUCAAACACUAUUAAAUUUUUUGUUUAUGAGAAAAAUCAAGUAAAUUUGACUUGUUCAGAGGCUGUUCACAACUCUUGGAGAAAGGUCUUCAAACUGACUUAUCAAUUAUGAUGUGAAAGGGGCAUGAACUAGUUUUUUAAAAACCAUUGAAUCAGUAACAGUGCAAACAAGCUUAUGGUCAGGUCAGCCUUACUCUACUCAAUUAGAGCCAGAAAGAACUUAUUUUGCAAAUACUUUAUAAUGAUCUUACUUGUGUUGCUUCUGCUUCAGCUCGAAUCAAAUCCAUGGCUAGCAACUGCAAUCAGUAUUUCAAAACCUGGUUGUCUAGAUCACUGUGGUGAAGUGAACAUUCCAUACCCUUUUGGAGUUGGAACCGAUUGCUACUAUGACAAAUGGUAUGAGAUCAUUUGCAAUACUUCAAAACCAUUCUUGCGUCGCUUCAAUCUUGAGGUAUUGGAUAUUAACUGGCCAGGAAGAUACCCCAGGACAGAUCCAAGGUGGAAUUAUUUUGGCGCAAAUGAUAGAAAAUUACUUGUAAAUACCCUUCCUAAAAGUUUUUGUAGAAACCACAGUAGUGCAACGGACGGUGUCAUCAUGGAGCCAGUUCACAGUAUCAACUUUCAUGGGAGUCCAUACCGAUUUUCUAGCUGGUUGAAUGUUUUUAUGGUGGAGGGGUGUGGCGAAAGUGAGGUUUUGCAGAAUAGGAGUGGAGGUAUUAUAGCUGGGUGUGCUUCAGUUUGUUCUAAUCAAGGUGUAAUGAUGAACAUGACUGAUUGCUAUGGUGUUGGAUGUUGCCAAGCCUCACUCUUAUCAUCUCCAACACAUGAGUACCUUCAAAAACAAAGAGGCCUUGAAUUUUAUCAGAUAUCUCUUGAUCAGGCAGGACAGGUGAGUACCAUGACAAAUAAGACUUGUGACAUAUAUGCAGCUUUGAUUGCAAGCGAUUCGGUGAAGAAGUUAUCUGGUAAAUUAUCAAAACUAGAAGCAUUUAGCACAGUACUAGAGUGGUAUGCUUAUUCCAUAAACUACAAUAUGUUGAAUCCGAGUUAUAAAAAUGUCAGUUGUUACGAAUCACAGAGUGAGUACGAAUCAUUGAGUGAUUUUAAUAGUGAUAUAAAAUGUUUCUGUGGUUCUACAUACGAAGGAAACCCCUAUCUUCCGUAUGGAUGCCAAGGGGUGGAAGAAUGUCACAGAUGUAAACAUGGAUGUUCUUUAAAUGACACUACACAGACCUUCAAUUAUUACUGUGAAAUGAAUCCACUACUAAAACGUGCAUCAAUUAUUGGAUUCAGCACAGGAGCAGGAUUUAUCCUUUUGGUUUUAGGUUCCUAUUGGCUAUAUAUAUAUGUAAAGAGAAGAAGAGAGAUUAAAGAAAAAGCCAAGUACUUCAAGAGAAAUGGUGGUUUAUUAUUGCAACAACAAAUGAAUUCACACGAAGGUGUUGUUGAGAAAACUAAAAUCUUUACAAUAGAUGAGUUGGAGAAAGCUACUGAUCAGUUCAAUGAAAACAGAAUACUUGGCCAAGGAGGCCAAGGUACAGUCUACAAAGGUAUGUUAAUGGACGGAAGGAUUGUCGCCAUUAAGAGAUCGAAAAAAGUUGACGAGAGCCAGUUAGAACAGUUUAUCAAUGAAGUUGUUAUUCUUUCCCAACUUAAUCAUCGAAACGUGGUAAAUUUGUUGGGUUGCUGUUUAGAGACUGAAGUCCCUUUGCUUGUCUACGAGUUCAUCCCAAAUGGAACACUUUAUCAGCAUAUCCAUAGUGAGAUCGAAGAUUUUCAUGUCUCUUGGAAAAUGCGCUUACAAAUUGCUGCAGAAUCAGCUAUUGCUUUAGCUUACCUUCACUCAUAUUCGUCUGCUCCUAUUUAUCACAGAGAUAUCAAAUCAUCCAAUAUACUUUUGGAUGACAAGUAUAGAGCAAAAAUAUCAGAUUUUGGGACUUCAAAAGCCAUUACAAUUGAGCAAACUCAUGUGACUACAAUCGUUUUAGGCACAUAUGGCUAUUUGGAUCCGGAGUAUUUUCAAUCAAACCAAUUCACUGAGAAAAGCGAUGUUUACAGCUUUGGGGUAGUUCUUGUUGAGCUUAUAACAGGGAAGAAGCCAAUUUGCCCCACCAAAGACGGAGGAUGGAUCAGCUUAGCAGUUGAAUUUCUUUCCCACAUGGAAAGUUCUCCUCUAUCUGAUAUCACCGAUGCUCGAAUUGCAGAUGAGGGCAAGGAAGAGGAGUUCGCGGCUGUUGCUAACCUUGCAAGACGUUGUUUGGAAAUGAAAGGGAAACAACGACCUACAAUGAAAGAAAUUUCUGUACUUCUUGAUGGGAUCAGGUCUAAUCAUGUCCCUAAUCUCAAAGAACUUCCCCCAGCUAAAAACAAGCAAGCUGUUACGGAGUUAUUCAACACACAGAACAGUCCUUUCAGUAUAGAGACGUUCUUUUCUGAUGAGGGUGCCUCUGGUUCCAUAGAAGUCCAACCGCUUAUGAUCGACAUCUGAAAAAUUAAACCGGAGGUUGUGUCAUUCAACGUAAUGAAGCUCUUAUCCUUAAACACAUGUUUUUCUUCGUAAUUUUCAAUCCCCCCAUAAUUUAAAAAAAAAAAAAAGAUUUAGAGAAGGAUAUGUAUAUUCAUAAAUAUUAUCAUGCCAAUAACCAAAGUGGUCGUUAAAAUAUAGGACUCGAUCUUAUAUCGAGUAUUGUACAAGUUAAAACUUAUAGCACUUGUCUGAUCGUAAAACUGGUGUUUGCAGUUUGUAGACACUUAGCUUGUGA